AUGUCUAAAACCACCUUCGCCAUCUUCGCAGCUGCUGGAGCCGCCACGGGCGCUGGGGUCACAGCUCUGAUCUAUUCAGCUCGAUCUCCUCGCGAUCAGCAAGCCUCUCCUCCUCUUGCUCCUGCGCUUCCUGUCGCUCCGUCUCCAGCCGUGUCUCCGCCUAUCCACGCUCCCAGCCCGUCCCUCGCGACAAAAGCUUCCACUGCCACCCCCGUCGAUCCUUCAGGUCUUCUACAAUACGGAUUUCCAGGUCCUGUCAGCGACCCUCUCAAUACCCUACCUCUGACGGGUGCCUACGACCGCCGGAUGCGAAACCCAUCCUGGGUUGCAGAACACAUCACCCCGUAUUCACUCUCCCUCAAAAACGCGGACCGCAAGCACAGCGCUUUUGUCGAAGACACCACAAUCCCAACCAUUUUCAGAGGCAAGCUGUCCGACUACUUCCGCUCAGGCUAUGAUCGGGGCCAUCAGGUACCCGCGGCCGAUGCCAAAUGGAGCCAAGACGCCAUGGACGCAACCUUCUCGCUCAGCAACAUGUGCCCGCAGGUCGGCGAGGGCUUUAAUCGGGAUUACUGGUCACACUUUGAAGAAUUCUGCCGCAACCUGACCAAGAAAUACCCAUCAGUUCGCAUCGUCACAGGCCCAUUGUACUUGCCCAAAAAGGAUACGGACGGGAAAUAUCGCGUGUCGUACGAAGUAAUCGGCGAGCCACCAAACAUCGCUGUGCCCACGCAUUUCUACAAGGUCAUCUUUGCUGAGCACGGUACAAAUGCGACGGAUAAGGUCGCUCUAGGCGCGUUUGUGCUACCGAAUGCGCGGAUUCCGAAUACACAGCCCUUGACGGACUUCGAGGUCCCUGUCGAGGCUAUUGAGCGGGCUAGCGGUUUGGAAUUCGCGACGAAACUGGACGCUGCUCGUCGCCGGCGUUUAUGUCAAGAAGUCCGUUGUGAUGUUGUGGUGCGAGAGUUUAACAACUCGAAGAAGUCCUUGCCUGCACCCAAGCGAUGA